AUGCCUCCCCACUCCACAGCACAGCUCCUCCUCCUCCUACUGGCCACGACGAUACAGCCAACAGCAGCCAUCCCAGCAACUGCAACCGCAAAGACGAGCGUCACCACGACCUGCACGACCUCUUCGACCACCCACAACAGCCUACUCGACCUCGGCUACCCGGGCUACGACACCCUGACCCGCAUCGCCACCACCACCACGACCAUCAUCGAACCGGCGCUGCCGCCGCUGACGACAACGGGCAGCGGCCCGGUGGCCACCGUGCUCGAGACCCACGUGGUCGCCGGCACCGACACCACUUACCUGGUCCGCAGCACGACCAGCACUUCAACGCGCUCCUCGGCCUGGAGCUACACCACGACCCGGACGUGGAUCGUGCACCCGUUCGUCGGCAACCCACCACCGCCGCCGCAACAGCCCCAGCAGCAACAACCGCAGCCACAAGCCGCCGCCCCGACCCCCGUCUGUCCCGAGACGUCGUGCGCCAACCCGACCGAGGAGGCCGACAAGGUGCGCUCGCAGCGGGAGUUGGCCGACUCGCGGUGCGCCACGCGAAACAUGGAGACGGGGUGCCAGGCGCAGCAGUGCCAGGCGCGCAGGGCGGCAGACGGGCAAGGAGGAGGGGGUGACUACAACUGGUGGUGCCUGCGCAUCAAGCAGACAGACUUCAUCUUCCCGGAGCUGCGCAUGGGGAGGUCGUGCUGGUCCGCGACCAACAAUUCCUUCAUGCAGCUCAAUGCGCCCUGUCUUGCCGCAGACUACCAAGCAGGUUGUCGACCGUGCCGCGGGAGGGAUCUGGGUUGGAAUGGGGCAAACUGGAUCGAUGCGCCGUUGUGA